ACCGAUGUUCAGAGGCGGGAAGCUCAGGUACCUGCUGCCCUCUGGCAAACGCUGCCCAGGAAUGGCAGGAAGGACAGUGGCGGCUGCACCCGGGCUGCUGAGGCGGCCUGGAGCCCGAAAGCAGCCGGUUGCAGGUCGGGGAUUCCGGGGGAGGCCCGGGGCGGGGAGCUGCGGCGGAUGCUGAAGCCCAAGCAGAGCCCCGCCAGGCUGCGGGAGGCUCCGGGUCAGGCAGACGAUGCUGGAGCUGCCGGCUCCCUUUGCUGCUCCCGAGCCCUGCCGGUGCUAACCCCACUCCCCGGGGCUGACCAUCCCCUCUGAGCCCCGCCGCUAUCCCCAUGUCGGAGCAGAACAGCACCAGUGAUGGGGAUGCGGAUCCCCAUCACAGCAUGUCUAUGCUCUUGCUACUUGUGCUGGUCUUCUUCAUCAUGGGACUUGUGGGGUUCCUGAUCUGCCAUGUCCUGAAGAAAAAGGGCUAUCGCUGCCGGACCUUUCGUGAAGAACUAGACCUGGAGCACAAGGAGGUGCUGACGGAGCUGCAGGCCAACGAAGAGGAGGAGCUGAAUGAGGACACAGUGGAGAAGAUAGUGAGAUGUAUCAUUCAGAAUGAAGCAAAUGUGGAGGCCCUGAAGGAGAUGCUGGGGGAUGGUGAAGGGGAUGUGCCAGUGCCCAUGCUCAGCCUUUGUCCACAUCGUAACAGCCAGGAUGGGGGCCUGCCACAUCACCACACAGUGCACCUUGGCUCCACACAGGCACCAUGUAUUCACUGCAGCAAGAGGAAGAGGCCCCCACUGCACCGCCAAGGCAGAUCCAAGGACGGCAAAGGCAAGAUGCACCCUAGAGAGACCACGGUCUUCUCCGUGGGCAGGUUUCAUGUGACCCAUAUUGAGAAGAAGCCCAUUUUCCUGGAGCAGCAGGAUGUGUCACUUCCUGAUGGCAGCAAGGAAGCUGGUGACAGAGACCCGGCAGCCCACAGCAAUGAACAGCUUCAUCAGGAGGGUCUGCAAAACGGAACCAUCCAGACAGAGGGUUGUCCAAAUGGAGCAGGCCAAGGGGAGGAUCCUCCCAAUGCACCAGUCAAGGCAAAUACUCCCACCAAUGGGCCAGUGGGGAAGAGGUACGGUAAGACAGGCUCGCUGCAGGACCUUGACCUCCAAGAUCUUGCCCCAGGGAAUGGACGUGACCAAAGCAAGGGGGAGGGGCUUCAGGCCCCAGCACCCUGUGCUCCUGGAGUCCCUGCAGACUUGCAGGAGGAGGUGAAAUGGGCUGAGCCACGCAAUGUCCUGCAGGAGGAGGCUGUGCCAGGGGCAGCUAAUGAAACGGCAGAAGUUAAAGGGAGCCAAGGUGUGCAAGAAGGAACCCGAGCUGCCAUGGCAGGAAACAAGGAUGCCAACAGGAAAGAAUCCAGAGUGGAGGACAUAGGGCAACAGGAGCAGAACUCUGCAGCGCAGGACCCAGGAGUGACUGUGUGACCUCUCUCUGCUUCCAUGCAGACACAACCAACCCAAGGCGGGCUCAGCGCGAGGAGCCAGCAGGGCCCUAGCGGGGACAGUAGAGGCGAGCCCUGGCCCAGAAGAGCUAAACUGCGCUUGGCAUGGCCAGAGCGACGCAUGGAUGCGCUGCUUCAUUAAACAAAUGACUGUACUUGGUAACAGACUCAUAACCAUUGGCAAUAGUCACCUGAGCUCCCAGCCCCCCAUCAGCUCUCCCUCAGAGUGCAGGCUGCCCCAUGCCCUGGGGACACCCCACAUUUGGCCCUCUGGGGAACCCCUCCACUUCCCCAGCCAGACUGGCACUGGUAGGAAACCACCAGCCCCAUGAGCCUGGAGUUGGUGCGCUGGGCAGGCCCAGCUCCGCAACCUGCACCCUGCUGCUAUACAGAUCUUCCCAGCUCCACCAGCCAACUGGGCAGGACGCCCGCUCUGUGAGCCUGCCUAGCUGGGGCACUUAGAGCAGUUCAGCCCUGCGCUUCACCCUGGAGCUUGAGGGACAGUCUGAGCCAUAGACACUGGGCUCCAGUCCCAGCUCCACAUCGCAGCCAUGGUGCUUCAGCAAUGCCCUCCCAAGGGAUGACCCAGGGCCCAGUGCUUCUGAGUCAUUCGUGGUGCUGAGUUUGGAGCUCACCCCCUGGAAGAACUGCUCUGCCGUCUCCUAGCUUCUGCCAUUUCAAGCAUAAUCCUUGUUGUCUCCAGCAGCCCAGGGCCGGGUGCCCCCCUAGGAAUCGCCAUUCUGAGACAGCUAGUGAGUGCAAAGGGGCCAGAGCUGGGAUAGUGCAGCCCAUGCCGAGCACAGGGCAAGGAUUCACACACUGACCAGCGCCAGCUGCUGUGAGCAGCCCCAGCAAGCCAAGCCCAGCAUGGCAGCAGCAGUGUGUCUGCACCAGCCCCUGCCUGGAGAGCUAAGUGCCAUGCAGAGCACAGCAUCUGGUGCAGCUCAGGCAGGAUCUGUCUGCGUAUGGCCCCACCAGAGCAAGCUGAGAUAGUCAGUCACCACCUCUGGCAGGGGGCACUGCCCAGACCACUACCAGCCAAGGACUGGCAGAGCUGGUACUGCACCAUCUCCUGUUCUGAGCAGUGCCUUGCACAGCUGCUGCCCAACAAGCAGAUAGGAGCUGCCUGGGCCAGCUCUGCUGUGUGGCCCCAUGGCAAGGGACAUGGGCCAUGGCCUGGGACAGACCGUGGGGAAGUGGCUUUCACCCAGCCCUGUAGCAGAGGGGCAGGAGCAGCCUGCCCUCCGCAGCCUAGCUAGGAAGAAGUGGCCAGAGCAGGAUGGAAGCAGUUUCCCUGUAGCUACAUUGGUGUGUAUUAUAGCCUAGUGGUGACUAGAGCAGCGCGCGGCCCAGCUGCUGGGGGCUGGCUUUGGUGUUUAACCCCACUGCAAAUAGACAAGCUGAAACCAUUAAAGCUGCUGA